ACGGCCGCCUCUGGGUCCCACUCCGCUCCUUCUCCACCGGACCCCAAGACCGCCCAUCGGCGCCCCGCCCCGCCUGCCUCCUCCCUCAGGCCCCCAGACCGCCCGCUGCGCCACUGCUCCCGUGCCCCACGCCCGGAGCUAGCGCCGUGGACCCGACUACUGAUCUUCUGACCCAGUGGAGUCGUUCAUCUCUGCCGCAGCUGGUUCAACCAUGGCGACAACUCCGGCCGGUGCUUUCGAGGCCCUCAUGGAUGGAGUGACAAGCUGGAAUGUCCCCAAAGACCCCAUCCCGAGUGAACUUCUUUUGAUUGGAGAGGCCGCCUUCCCAGUGAUGGUGAAUGACAAGGGCCAGGUCCUCAUUGCCGCCUCCUUCUAUGGCCGAGGCCGCCUGGUGGUGGUGUCGCACGAGGGCUACCUGCUGGAUGCCGGCUUGGCUCCAUUCCUUCUCAAUGCCGUGGGCUGGCUCUGUCCCUCGCCUGGGGCUCCCGUUGGAGUGCACCCCUCCCUGGCAUCACUAGUAAGUAUCCUGCAGGGCCGUGGGGUUCAGGCACACAUUCAGCCAGAACUGGGGGCCCCCUCGGGGGUUUACUGCAUCAAUGCCUACCAGGACAAGAUGACUGCAGAGCUGAUCCAGUUUGUGAAAUGUGGAGGCGGCUUGCUCAAUGGGGGCCAAGCCUGGUACUGGGCCAGUCAGCACGGUCGUGACGACCUGCUGUCUAGGUUCCCUGGGAACCAGGUGACAAGUGUGGCCGGAGUGUACUUCACCGACAUCUAUGGGGACAGAGGACGGUUCAAGGUCUCUAAGAAGGUGCCCAAGAUCCCACUCCAGGUCAGGUUCGGGGAGGACCUCAGGCGGGAUCAGCAGCAGCUCCUGGAAGGGAUCUCAGAGCUGGACAUCAAGACGGGGGGCGUCCCCUCGCAGCUGCUGGUGCACGGGGCCCUGGCCUUCCCGCUGGGCCUAGACGCCGCGCUAGGCUGCUUCCUGGCGGCCGCCCGCUAUGGCCGGGGCCGGGUGGUCCUCGCCGCCCACGAGGGCAUGCUCUGUGCUCCCAAGAUGGGGCCCUUCUUGCUCAACGCUGCGCGCUGGCUGGCCGGAGGCCGGACGGGCAAAUUUGGGGUGAACACGCACCUGAAAAACCUGUGCGCCCUGCUGUCGGGGCACGGCCUGGAGUGCGCUCUGCAGCCCCGCCUGACGCACGGCUUGCGUGUCUACUGCUGCGUGGCUUACAGUGACAAGGAGGCCAAGCAGCUCCAGGAGUUCGUGGCCGAGGGCGGGGGCCUGCUGAUCGGGGGCCAGGCCUGGUGGUGGGCCUCCCAGAACCCAGGCCGCUCCCCUUUGGCCGGUUUCCCCGGUAACAUCAUCCUCAACCCCUUUGGCCUCAGCAUCCUGGCUCAGACCCUGGACCCCGGCUGCUUCCCCGUCCCCCCCGCCGAGAUGCGCGGCUACCACCUCCGCGAGGCGCUGUGCGAGUUCGAGGCCGCGCUGCGCCGCGGGGCUGGGGGCGCGGAAAAGCGCUGGCUGGCAAAGCUGGGCGCAGACGGCGCAGCGUUCCUCCAGAUCCCCGCCGACGGCGUCCCGGCUUACGCGUCCUUGCACCGGCUCCUGAGGAAGACGCUGCACCUGUCGGGGCUCCCAGCCGUGAGCCGGGAGCACCCGGUGGCCGGCGAUUCCUGCGAGGCGGCGGCGCUCCGCCUGGCCACGGAGCUGGCGUGCGCCGGGACCGACUGCUCCCGGCUGCUGCGGGGCGCCGGCGCGUGGCCCUGCGGCUCCCCCGCGCCCCCCUCGGAGCUCCCCGUCACUGUGAAGAUCGACGGCAGCAACCCAGGCGACGGGGAUUGCUGGGUGAGUACUGGGCUCUACCUCCCGGGCGGGCAAAGCGCAGAGGUCUCGCUGUCGGAAGCCGCGGCCUGUGCCGGCCUGAAGGUACAGGUCGGCUGCCACACCGAUAACCUGAGCAAGGCCGAAGAGCUGUGCCGAGCCCCGGUGGUGACGCACCAGUGCUGCAUGGACAGGACCACGCGGUCGGUCUCCUGCCUCUGGGGCGGCCUCCUCUAUGUCAUCGUGCCCAAGGGCAGCAGACUGGGCCCCGUUCCUGUCACCAUCAAGAGGGCUGUGCCUGCCCCAUACUACAAGCUGGGUACGACAGCGGUGGAGGAGUGGAAGAACUGUGUCCAGGAGAGCCCGGCUCCCUGGGGAGAGCUGGCAACGGAUAAUAUCAUCUUGACGGUGCCGACCGCAGACCUGCGCACCCUGGAGAACCCCGAGCCUGCGCUCCGCCUCUGGGACGAGAUGAUGCGGGCGACAGCCCAGCUGGCGGCCAAGCCUUUCCCUCUCUGCCGUCCCGAGAGGAUUGUGGCCGACGUGCAGAUCUCAGCCGGCUGGAUGCACUCGGGGUACCCCAUCAUGUGCCACCUGGAGUCAGUGCAGGAGCUCAUCAACGAGGCAGGCAUGAGGAGCAGGGGUCUGUGGGGACCCAUCCAUGAGCUGGGUCACAACCAGCAGCGACAAGAGUGGGAGUUCCCCCCGCACACCACUGAGGCUACCUGCAACCUCUGGUCAGUCUACGUGCAUGAGACGGUCCUGGGCAUCCCCAGGGCUCGGGCCCAUCCUGCUCUGAGCCCUCCAGAACGAGAGAGGAGAAUCAAAACACACCUCGGAAAGGGAGCCCCACUGCAUGACUGGGACGUGUGGACAGCUCUGGAAACAUACCUACAGCUCCAGGAGGCCUUUGGGUGGGAGCCAUUCACCCAGCUCUUUGCUGAGUACCAGACGCUCUCUGGCAUCCCCGAAGACAAGGCGGGCAAGAUGAAUCUAUGGGUGAAGAAGUUCUCGGAAAAGGUGCAGAAGAAUCUGGCUCCAUUCUUUGAGGCCUGGGGCUGGCCUGUCCAGAAGGAGGUGGCUAGCAGCCUGUCCUGUCUGCCUGCGUGGCAGGAAAACCCCAUGCAGGGGUACAUGCAUCCCCAGGUGUAAAGGCUGUGCACGAAGUGGGGCUCAGGCUCACUCGCCAAGGCCACCACCCAUGUUUCCAGCUUAGCUUCUUGAGCCUGAGCCCCACCUUCCAUCCCUGUCUUCAGGAAGCUGGCUAAGGUCAAAGACCUUAAUGACAUAAGACAAAAUGACACCAGCUUUCUCAGGAAAACACCCUUGUUACUAUUUCCCUGUUCAACCGACCUGCUUCACCAUCCUCAUCCUCCAGCAGAGGAUCAUCUGCGCAUCUUGAGGUCUUGGCUCUUGGCCUCUACUUCUGGCCAACAGUUCUAACAACUAUGGGUUACCAUAAUAAUCUGACAUCAGUCCCUCACACCUGCCGGCCCUGAACAUGACUGUUAAUUUCUUCUGCUUUGGGAAGUUUUCUAGCAGCAAGAGAGACAGGCUGGUAUAGAGAGCCCUGAAUCUGGUUGGUCCUGUGGAAAAUCUCUUCACCUCCCUGUGCUUCUAUAUUCUCACCCAUGACUUGGGGAUGAAAGUCUACUGUUUGAUAAUGGUGAACAUGUUUGUCCACUGCAAAAUGCAUAAACAUAUAAGGGUAUUCUUUGGGUUUUGCCAGGUCCCAAUGGGGGCCUGUCUGUCCAGUCUUGUGUGGACAACCUGAAAACUGAACCCCACUUCAGAGUUGGCCACCUGAGGUGGGCGUGCAGUCCCUGUGUCAGAGUAUUUAGUGAGUAUCAGUGUUUUUCCAGACGCAGUACUGAGGAUGGUUAUUGAGACUCUAGCUUAUCUUAUGUCCUUUCUCCCACCUCUAGAAGGACUCCUAGGUAUGAUGUAACCCAAAGAACGGUAUAAACUCACAAAAGACGGUGUAGACUCAAAGUGAAUGUUACAAAGCCACUUGGUCUUCUUGGUUAGUUUCAUCUUCUACUACUUUUGUUUCAACCAAAAGUAACUGUCACGGUAGUAAUGCCUACCAGGCCCACCAGCCUAUUUGUUCUUAGCACAAAACAGGCGACUCGCUCCUCCAGUCACCACAUUAUCUUUGUGCGUGACAGGCUUCACUCAGAAGCAGGAUUACUGGGUGCAGCCGUGGACCAAAUUAACCCUGAGCUUUCUAAUAAUCCAUUCCAGCCCAUCCCAGCUCUUUGGCGAGGUAGAGUUCUAAUUGGAGCUUCGUCUCCAGGAUUAAUGGGGUGUGGUCAUUUUUCUCCAGCUUACUUUUAAACCAUAUUUUUGUUGUUUUCAGUAUCAUUCCAUGAGCUGUGUUCAGAGUAGAGUGGCUCCUCUGAAGAGCUGACCUAGAAAAUGUCUUUCCUGAAUCCCAUCCACCUCCUCCUGAUUCUAGGAUAAUUUCCUUUUCUUUCACUACCAUCUUUUCUCAGGUGCUUUUCACAUGAAAGGUGCUCAGGAAACAUUUGUGAGUUGAGAGAACAGUAAUGACACGCAGCACACAAUGUGCAAUCAAUACGUCCCAAGCAUUGCGUGGGGUGCUUCAUGUGAGUUAUCUCAUGGAAUUUUCACAAUGGACCUUUGAAGUGGGUACUAUUAUUAUUCCCAUGUCAUAGAUGAGGAGACAGAUACUGAGGGACAUUAAAUAACUUCUGAAGUCACCAAGCUAAUAAAAGGAAAAGUCAGGGCUUGAGUGAAACCUCUAGCAAUGAAAAACUCCUCCAUGAAGGAUUUACAAUUUAAACAAAAAUUCACCUAGAAAAUGGAAGUUCAACAAACUUCUGACUUACCUCGUGUGAAGUACUUACUACAUUUUUAUUAAACAUCAAGUUUAA